AUGCCCGCGCCGACAGCCCUCCUACAGCCGAGCCCGGCGCCCGAAGCGGCCCUUGCUCCCGCUCCCCAACAGGAAGACGAGCUCCUUGUAGACAUGCAGGAGAGCAGCGUCACAGAACCUAGCGCUGUUGCGGCCCCGACCGCUACAGAGGACACAGAUAUGGCCAUUGAUGAAGAAGGGAGGCCGAGGUUCGCACCAGGGAAUGAUGUCGAUCCCGUCCGUCGCGCCGAGACAAGAAAGAUCCCCAUCCCGCCAAACCGCAUCUACCCACCACUAGUGGACCACUGCAAACUCCAGGUGCGGAUGAACAUCAAGGAGAAGCGUGUCGAGCUGCGGUCGUCCAAGUUCACAGCGAGCAACGACGCGCUGCAGAUGGGCGCCGACUUUGUCUCGGCCUUUGCCAUGGGCUUCGACAUCGACGAUGCGAUCGCGCUGCUGCGCCUCGACUCACUGUACAUCCAGUCCUUCGACAUCAGGGACGUGCGGCAGACGCUUGGGCAGGACGCGCUCGGGCGAGCGAUUGGGCGCAUUGCAGGGAAGGACGGGAAAACGAAGUUCGCGAUCGAAAAUGCGACGAAAACUCGUAUUGUACUCGCAGGGUCGAGGGUCCAUAUUCUGGGAGCAUUCGAGAACAUCGGAAUGGCCCGCGAGAGCAUCGUCUCGUUGGUGCUUGGUGCCCAACCCGGCAAGGUUUACAACAACCUGAGGAUAAUCGCCUCGAGGAUGAAGGAGAGGUUUUAG